GCGGCGGCGGCGGCGGCGGCGGUGGUAGCGGCGGCAGCUGUGAGGGGGUUCCGGGAAGAUGGUGCUGAUUAAGGAAUUCCGUGUGGUUUUGCCAUGUUCUGUUCAGGAGUAUCAGGUUGGACAGCUUUACUCUGUUGCAGAAGCUAGUAAGAAUGAAACUGGUGGUGGAGAAGGAAUUGAAGUCUUAAAAAAUGAACCUUAUGAGAAGGAUGGAGAAAAGGGACAGUAUACACACAAAAUCUAUCACCUAAAGAGCAAAGUUCCUGCAUUCGUGAGGAUGAUCGCUCCGGAGGGCUCUUUGGUGUUUCACGAGAAAGCCUGGAACGCAUACCCCUACUGUCGAACAAUUGUAACGAAUGAAUAUAUGAAAGAUGAUUUCUUCAUUAAAAUUGAAACAUGGCACAAACCAGACUUGGGAACAUUAGAAAAUGUACACGGUUUAGAUCCGAACACAUGGAAAACUGUUGAAAUUGUCCACAUAGAUAUUGCAGAUCGAAGUCAAGUUGAACCAGCAGACUACAAAGCUGAUGAAGACCCAGCGUUAUUCCAGUCAGUCAAGACCAAGAGAGGCCCUCUGGGGCCCGACUGGAAGAAGGAGCUGGCGAACAACCCUGACUGUCCUCAGAUGUGUGCCUAUAAGCUGGUGACCAUCAAAUUCAAGUGGUGGGGACUGCAGAGCAAAGUGGAAAACUUCAUUCAGAAGCAAGAAAAAAGGAUAUUUACAAACUUCCAUCGCCAGCUUUUUUGUUGGAUCGACAAGUGGAUUGAUCUGACAAUGGAAGACAUUCGGAGGAUGGAGGAUGAAACUCAGAAAGAACUAGAAACAAUGCGUAAGAAGGGUACCGUCCGAGGCACGUCGGCUGCUGAUGUCUAGAUGAGUCCCUGUAGGGUCAGAGGCAAUAUCAAACUGUUUACGUAAUCAAGGUCAAGUGAGGGGAACAAGUGCAGCCAGUGAUGAGUGAAGAAGAAUCUGACCAGUGUCUUGCAGUGUGGACGUCUCCCAGACGUGUGCUUGUGACUGUGUCCCCACGUACACAGAUUCCAACCACGUGUGUACGUGUGUGUGUGUGUGUGUGUGUCUGUAGCUGUAUAUAAGGUGCAUGUAGAGCUACAGAUGAAACUACAUGCACUUCUGUAUAUAUGUACAUACAGACAUACUGAAGGGAUUAGUACAACUUCUCCAAAGUACUGUACCUAUCUUCAGCAAGAAUGCAAAAGAAAAUAUUUUCAAUAUAUAUACCUGGAACAGAUUUUAAUAAUUAUCAGAGUAAUACCAUUAAUGGACAAAUUGACUGCAAUGUAAUACUAGCUGGUAUGUUUCAUAAAUGUCGAAUUGUGGACCAAUAUAUAUAUAUAUAUAUAUAUAGCCUUUUAUUACUCUUCUGUUCUUUUAAAUCUGUCUCUUCUAAAUUUUUAUUUUAGUCCCAUAAGCAACAGACUCCCACAGAAAAAUUUAUUCAAAAUCUUUUGGUAUUCCAAUGAAUCUGGAAUGUAAACUCUGAAUGUAUUUAUAACGAUUUAUUUCUGGAUGGUUAUUAUCUUAAAUUCAAAUUGGACAAUGUCUAUUAGUAAGGAGUGUAGUUACCCACCAGUUUUUACUUGUUUGCCCUGAGGGAGAAAUCGUUUAAAAAAAAAAUUCCAGUUUUUAUUGGAUUUUUGUAUUCUAAAUUUCAAGUAUUUUUCUACAUCAGACCUAGCAAAAAUGGAGAUGACGGCUUGUGAUUUAUAAUAAACACUAUACAAUUUUCAGUCUCCUGUUAGGCAAACAAAGAAAUUGAUGAAGAAAUUAAUAGCAUCAUAGGCUGCAGGAAAACUUGGAAGUAGAGCAUUUCCACGGAGUCUUGUUUCAGGAAUGACUGUUUUCUGAAAUUAGAGCUUGGAAACUAUGCAAAUGAUCUAGAUUCCUCACAGCUUACGUGGUAGAACACAGAUAGUGAUGAGGGUUGCUCUUUUCAUAUUGAAACACACCCUAAGGGAGAAGGCUCCUUUGAGGUAGCAGGGAGGGAGGGCUUGGGGGGCAGCACCGGCCUGUCUGCACACCUUCCUAGGCUGAGGCCCUGCUGAGGGGCCAGCGCCCCGGGAACCCGUCAUGAGCAAGCGUCACAAACAUGCUGGGAAGCUGCCUCAGCCCCCUUGUCGUCAUCGUCUUUCUUUAAAAAAGGAACCGUAAGUAGGUAAGAUUUUCAUCAGCUUUCUCUGUCCGAAGCAGUUUUUCUCCAGUCAGUCCUGGAGGCUUGACUAGAGUGAUACUGUUGAAGCCUUCUGGUCACAACCUGUCGUCUUUAACCUCUCGUCCCUCCUGCCACACGCCAGCCCCUGUGGUCAUAUCAGUUUGUAACCUGAUUUCCUGACAGUCCUGCCCACAUGCCCUGUGUCCCCACCGAGGCGGUGGCAGUGACUCAGACCAGGACGUUCAGGAUCACUGCCGCACCGCGAUGGCCUGCUGGCCUUGGCUCCGGACCCUACGUUGCAUACGUCCUCUGUGUACUCAGGAUCAAGACCAAUGUUUACUCUCUGGGCACUGUUGUAAGAUAGGUGUUGUCAAAGCAUAAUCAUUGUUGUCUGCAAAGCAUUUGGUGCAAGAAGAUUAUUGCUAAUUUUGUGAAAUAAAGAGUCUCGCCCUCUCCUUUUAAUGGACUUAACUCUCUCUGGCAUCUGUAGCCUCAUCGGGAGCUGGGCGUACAUGGAAAUGAGAGCCCAGCGCAUGGAUUCUAAUGUUUUUCUAACAACUGUGGAGAUUUGAGGGAAUGCGUGGUGAAUGUAAAAUAUCUAGUUUACUUGGCAGUCUCUUGUGUAAAUUACAGUAAAACAAAGUAAAUGAAAUUUAAACAAAAAAUAAAUUUGAUCACAAAAUGCCA